UGUGAUCGAUAGAAUGAUAGACAUCUAUGUUGUUGGAAGGGUUGCACGUCAAGUAGAAGCUGUUCCGAGAAGGCUUGAUGAUUUUGCUCUAGCACGGGAUAUCCAGAUAAAGUAAUAAGGACUUUCGCUAAGAAUAUCAACCAGUUUGCUGAGCACAAUGAUUGAAGUUAUUGGGAACAACGGGUUAUAUGUCGUGUUGGCAAUUGUGGUCAUAGCGGUUGCCUCGCUUUUUGGCCUAGUUGUCUUUGUCAGCAAAGAAGAGAAAUUUGAAGAUGUUAUUGCAGCCCAAAAGAAAGAGCAAGAGGCUUUGAUCCAGUCACUUAAUUCAACAGCAGCAAAACCAUCAAAAUCAAAGAAGAAAUGGCAGAAAAUCAAAAAGGAGAAAUCAGUAAAAGCCCAAGAGAGAAAGGACGAGCCUGAGGCCACAGAAGAGUUAGGCCCAAGUGAAGACAUGAUGAACGAGGAAAUUGUUCUCGAACAGCUUACAGAGAUUGAAAUUCCUAAGAUUGAAACGGAGGAUAUUUCAAAAGCUCCAAAGAAAACAAAAGGAAAAGAAAAGAAGAAGAAGCAAAAGGUAGCCGAUGACAGUUCUAACCAAAAACCGAUAGUCCCUGUUGAAGAACAAAUUGUUGAGGCAGUUGAAGAAGUUGUUGAAGCUGUUCAAGAGGUUGGAGAGUUAGAGACCGUCCCUGAAUCUGCCUUCUUACAGCAAGCAGUCGAAGAAAUUCCAAAAGAACCACUUGUAUUGCAAGAACAAAAACAAACUGAAGCCCCUGUUUCCCAGAAGAAAGCCAAGAGCAAGAAGGCAAAACCUCAGGUCACAGCUGGUGGAGAUUCCACUGUAAAGAGGAUUGCAAAUGAUGUUGAGAAGGCUCAACUUACUAAUAAUGAUGUUCAAAAGUUGAUUGAUACUUUGCUAGACAAGCAGAAUGAGUUACAACAGUGGCAAAAGCCAAAUCAGAAAGCUGAUCCAAUGGAUGAGCUAAAGAAAAGAGUGAAUGAUCUUGAGCUACAGCUCAGUGAAGAGAAGAAGACGUCCCUUUCAGCUGCACAUAAAAACAAAGAGCUGAGGCAAGAGGUUCAACAAGAGAAGACUCAGCUGCAGAGAUUCCAGACACAAGCUAACCAAAAAAUAUCACAGCAGGCUAAUGAAAUCCAGGCUUUGCAAAAAAGAAUGGAAGCUACUCAAGAGAACCAUCUACGUGAGAUGCAGAAUUCUCAAGGACAAUUGCAAAAGAUGAAAGAGUUACUGGAACAAACACCAGCGGUUGAACUAACAAGGUUGCAAGAGGAAAGUUCAUUAUACAACAAUGCUUCACUCCGAAUCAAACAGUUGACUGAUGAGAAAAAUGCAUUGUUGCAAACGUCAGCAGCUUUAAGAGCAGAUCUUGAAUCUACACGUGCCAAUCUUCAAAAUUAUCACCAACAGCAGAAACAUUAUGAAGAAAAGCUUAAGGCUCUUGAAAGUGAAGUGAAAAACUUGCAGCACUCAAAGGGUGAUUCUGAAGCCGUGUACUCGAGCAGGCUGGCUGAAGUUAGCAAGCAGCUGGAACGAUCUGAAGCUGAAAACAAGAAUCUAUCAGAUAAACUUCAUCAGGCUCAUAAGAAUUUAGGAGAGACCGAAAAAUCCAGACAGGAUUUGGUUGAGAAGUUAAAUCAUGCCGCAAAGGAAACUUCUGGUGGUAAAGAGCACGAACUGAAAUUGGUUCAAACUGAAGAAGAACUUGAAAAUGUGAAAUCUGCCCUUAAAACUGCUGUAGAUAAAGUAAAGCACUUUGAAGAAACUGAAGCAAAGAAUUCUGAACUCUUGAAGAAAUUGGCUGAUGAGAAAAUUGAGCUACAGGAAAAACUGAAAAGGGAUGAGAUUAUUAUUGUUGAAAAACAGCAGUCAAAUGGAGAUGUGGCAGAUUCAGGUGUUUCACAACAGGAGCACAUGCAACUAAUAACAGAAAAAGAUAAAGUGAUAUCGGAACUCAAAGAAGAUGUCAAGUCAACAAAGGAGGAGCUUGAAAGACUCGCCAAGGUGCUGGAACAGGAAAAGCACGAAAAGGACGAAAAUGUGAAAACAUUGCAGGAGAAAUUGCAGAACCAGGAAGAGGCCAUUGCAGAGCAGAAAAAAGAAAACAAGAAAAUGGAAGAAGUUGUCGAGAUGUCAAAAAGUAAGAAUAAUGAUUUGCGAGAAAAGAAUUGGAAAGCAAUGGAUGCUUUGUCAACAACUGAAGCUAACUGCAAGAAAAAGCUGAACGAGAACCAAGAAAGAGUAUUUAAAAUGUUGAAGAAAAUUCGCCCGGAGAUAAAGCUUGAAAAAGAUAAGCCUCUUCCAGAUGUCCUUUCAUCCUUCGAAGAAGAGUUUUUAAAAUCUGAUAAGAAAAAAAGGUCACGUGAUUCUGGAUCAAGUAGCAGCUCAGGCAGUGACUCGGACAGUGAUUCGGACAGUGGCUCCAAGAGCGUCAAAAAAUUGAAGAAUGAAAACGAAAAUUUAGUGCAAAGCAAUAAAAGUCUUGAAAGUAAAUUGGCAGAUUUAAUGAAAGAGAAAUCAACUUUAGAAAAAAAUCUUGAAGAGGUUUCUGGAGAGAAGGAACAGCUAAAACAAUCUGCAGAAGAAAACAAGAGUGCGAAUGUACAAGCCCAAUACUACAAAGGCAUUCUUGAGCAAACGGAGGGAAUGCUCAAGGAGCUACAGGUUAGCGUCGAGUCACGUGUCUCCAGCUACGAAAGCAAGUUAGAAUCAAAAGAAUUGGAAUUGAAACAGGUAUCCGAGAAAGUAAAAAGACUUGAAGAAGAGAUAAAGAAUAAUGACGACAAGUCACAGCUUGAAAAAGACUUGAGCAAUAUCCAGGCAGAGCUAGAUUCAGAGAAGAAAGCUAAACACGAGCUUGAGUCAGAGCUUGAAGAGGCCAAGAAUAGGAUUCAUUUAUUAGAAGAGGUAAACGAACAUGGCCACAGUGAGGAUAGUAUUGGCCUAUCUCAGGAAUCUUUAGAUACAAGUGGAAGCGCAUCUCCUAAGAAAAAGAAAAGUAUACGCCAUGCUUUAAGCAAAGCGUUUCGUAAAAAGGCUGAAAGUCCUGAUGAGCUCAGAAGCAAAUUUGCAGCUGCGGAGGAGAAUUUAAAAAAAUUAGAGGGUGAGAAGAAGGAGCUUCUGGAUAAGUUAGGCCAAAUUUCAGAUUCGUUCAAAUCGAAGGAAGAGGAGAUCACAAAGCUUAACGAAGGGAAGCAGGCCAUAGACAAAGAAAUGAAGAAACUGCAAGAGAAACUUAAUGCAGUUAAGGAUGCAGAAAAUGUCUCGGGAAAGAGCGAUAAAGAGAAGGACAAAAUAAUUGCAAAACUGAGGCUAGAAAAUGCUGAAUUGCUGGAUGAUCUGCGCGAGGAACGGGAUAGAGUUGUUGUCGACGUUGAAUCAGUAGACUCAGAAAAAUUAAAAUCCGAACUUGAGGUGCUGAAGGACGACUUCGAAAAGGAAAAGAACACCUCUAGCAAAUUGAAUUCGUCCAUUCAAGAGCUUGAAGAACAGCUUGAGAAAAAACGGCUAGAGCUGGAUCAGCUACAGCAAAAAUAUAAGGGUGCUGCCGAUAAGUUGGUCGUUGCUGAGCAAAGGUCGAAGGAAUUAGAAUUAGCUGGUCUCACUAAAUCAGAACGGAUAGAAAAAGAGAUAGAUGAAGCCAUUCAGGGUGAUAAUUCACCAACGUCACCGCAAAGAAGCGUUGGGACGCCGCUUGUCGACCAGCUGGACGAGAUAAAACGUCAGCUCACUGAUAAGGAGAAACAACUCGACAUGGAAAAGCAAGUCAGUCAGCAGCUCCGUGCCCAAGUUGCCGCCCUCGCCUCCGAUGCAGCCCAUGGCACAUCUGUUUAGCAAACGGGUCAAUAUUUGCAGUGAUUCUGUAGAAUAAUUUGAUUUUAUAAUAAAUUUGGGAUAUUAGUUUUUUCUUAGAAAUGAAAGUUUUAGUAAAUUUCUUAUUUGGGUCUCAGAAUUAGAACCCCCCCCCCCCUAUCUUCCUUUUAGACUUCCUCCAAUGUUUUCUAUAUGUCUAGGCAACAAUAAAUGUGAGUUGUUUUAGUGUUCUUCUGUUGGAACUUUGCUUGUCACAUACAAUACUUUGUCUAAAUGCAAUUUCGCUUGCAAUUGGCUUUCCUUCCCAUCGACAUUUUGCACUGUAUGUUCUGCAAUUGUGUGAUCCGACAUUGUUUUACUUGUUGCGUUUUUGGCUGUUGAAAUAUUAGUUUGUAAUAAUUGGCAUUGUGGACUCGAAUCCGUUGUUAGGUUGUUAUCAAAUGUGAUGAUUUUUUCUUUCUUGAUUAGACUUGAUGCUAAUCCCCUUCAGAAAAAUUUAUCUUCAACAUAUUCGGUCCUUAUUAACGAAAUCGUGAAAGCAAAUAUUCUCGUAGCCUCAUCUAAAUUUUUUUCUAAUUUAUUCGACCAAUUCUAGUCUGUAACAGGGCUAUUAACGAUACAGAACUUCCCAAUUGGUUUGAGUUUCCCAAUCUGGUUGUCAAGUAUUUUUUCUGUUUCAUGUGCUGUAGCAGUUGCUUACGUUAUUUGUUCUAGUUCAGCACACAUAAGAUCUUCCAUGCAGUGUAUCUUGAACAACCCCCCGAUAUUUCCCAACAUCUUACCUUAGCUCCUAAUUAGAGUCGUGCUUAAUGUAAACAAAGAAAUUCAAUUUUUCACAAAAUACAUCAGUUCAAUC